ACAAUACACUGGCAGUUACUCUUAAACAAGAUGGCGGACGGGGACAUUGAUUUGUAUGGUGAUGUAGCUGAGGAUUUUGAUGUUAAUAAUUCAACUACGGAAGGAGAUGAUCUCUAUAAUGACAUAAUAACUGGAAAUUCAGCUGAUAGCGAGGAAAACUCGGAAACAAAACCAGAAACUACUACUGGAGGGGCCUCAUCGACGACAAACGAACAAUCCGACCAGCAAACUCCUCGCAACUUUUUUAUGCAUGGUCCCGUUCCCGCUAAUAGGAGUAGGCAUGGUGUAUACGUGGGUAAUAUGACUUGGUGGACGACUGAUGAUCAAUUACAAGAGGCUAUUAACAGUGUUGGCGUUUCUGAUAUUCUGGAAAUUAAAUUCUUUGAAAAUCGAUCCAAUGGUCAAUCCAAAGGACUUGCAACUGUUCUACUAAAAUCUGACGAGUCUGUAAAAGCUCUGUUGAAAAAAUUACCCCAAAAGGAGCUAAACGGCCAAACACUUAUAUGCACAGUUGCCAAUAAACAGAAUUUGAGCAAAUUCGACUUAAGCGACAACAGAAGUCAUGUAGCGAAUGGAAAAGAUAUGAAAAAUACUCCCAAAGUUACGGGAAUGAAAAAAGACCAACCUUCUAUGGGAAUUCCUCGACCUCCGAUUACAGGCUCUGUACCCCCUCCAACAACAGGACCUAACGUUGUCGAUGUCGUCAGGUUAUUAGCCAUUGCUACGAAUGCCAGCUUACGACCUGGUCUACCACCUCCAAUGGGAUUUCCACCACGUCUUACUGGACCACCUUUGCAUGCUGCUCCUGGUAUGCGUGGACCGCCACCAGGAGCCCGAAUGGAGUGGAAUCAAGGAAAUGCGGCUGCAGCCGCAGCCGCUGUAAAUGCCAGUCGUCCAUCUAGACCAGUAGGUGUUGGCGGUGGUCUACAGGCUGCUGCUCCGGGUAAUCCAGGAAAUCAGAUGAAUCCAGGAGCUCCCAACGCUCCGGGAAUGGCCACAGCGCCUGCUCCUCAUGUAAACCCAGCCUUUUUCCCCACUGUUUCCCAAGCUCCAACCGCCGCUCCUCAGGCAGAUCCUUUUGGCAGACCAGCUCAAUAUCCAGGAAAUCCAGAUCCCUACGGAACUGGUGAUAGAGCUCCGGCUACUCCCUUUGAUGCUUUUGGAAGACCAAUGGAUUCAUCUCGUGGAGCAGAUCAACAACCUAUUUCUGAAGCUGAAUUUGAAGAAUUAUUUAGUAGGAAUAAAACCGUCUCUAGCAGCGCAAUUAACAAAUCAGUUCAGGACGCCAGGGCAGGAGACUAUGCUUCAGCUAUUGAAACUCUUGUUACUGCUAUAUCAUUGAUUAAGCAAAGUAAGAUAGCGAACGACGACAGGUGUAAGAUCCUAAUCUCGUCCCUUCAAGAUACCCUACAUGGUAUUGAAUCCAAGAGUUAUGGCGGUGGAAAGUCUAGCAGAAGGGAUAGAUCAAGAUCAAGAGAACGAGAUGAUCGUAAAAGAAGUCGUAGGGAUAGAUCAAGAUCUAGGGAAAGAGAUUACAGAGAUCGUAGUAGGGAAAGAUACUAUGAUGACCAUUAUGAAUCAAGACAUCAUCGCAGUAGUAGACGUUAG